AUGACGCACAGGUUAGCCCACAGGGGCGCUAUUGACUUGGAGGCUCUAUCGCCGAGGGACGCUAAUGCCCAGAGGAUGCCCAAGGCUCCAGAACUUAAGACCAAGGCAGCCGCCCAGGUUAGAGCUUCCAAGAACAAGGAGCACCCGCCGCCGCCGCCAGCAGAAGUCACCGAGCCGGAGAGCGAAGAUCGACCAAAUGGCGCCGUUUAUCAGGUGGGGAAGCUGUUAGGGAAGGGAGGUUUCGCCAUCUGCUACGAGGGCCAGCUCGUGCCCACGAAGCAAAGAUAUGCGCUCAAGAUUGUCAAGAGCCAUAUGCCUCCCAAGAUGGAACAAAAGUUCCAAACCGAACUCCAAAUCCAUUCAAAAAUGAGACACAAAAACAUUGUCCAGUUUCUGCGAGCGUUUUCCUACGACAACUGCACCUACCUUAUCCUCGAACUCUGCCUCAAUGGUUCCUUGAUGGAUAUGGUCAAGCGCCGCAAAGGCCUAACGGAAGCUGAAGUCCGUUUUUACUCCGUUCAGAUUACUGGCGCUAUCAAGUAUAUGCAUGGGAAGGGAAUCAUUCACCGAGAUCUGAAGAUGGGCAACAUCUUUCUCGAUUCGCAGAUGAAUGCUAAGAUUGGCGAUUUCGGUCUUGCCGCAUUAGUGGUGACUGGUAGAGACAUGCAGACAAUUCGAAGGACGACACUGUGUGGCACUCCCAACUAUAUUGCCCCUGAGAUUCUCGAGAAGGGUAAGCAGGGGCAUGACCAUAUGGUGGAUAUUUGGAGUUUGGGCAUCAUUGUCUUUGCCAUGCUCACGUCGAAACCACCUUUCCAGUCGUCAACCACGGAUGAAAUUUACCGCCGAGCUAAGGAGAGAGACUAUGAGUGGCCAGAUGUCGAGACGACACAAAAAUUCAUCAGCCACGAGGCUAAGGACCUAGUUGCUACGAUGCUGACCGAGGCUGAUCAAAGACCUGAUCCUGAUGUCAUUAUCCGACACCCUUUCUUUACAGCUGGAUACAUGCCCGCUGAGACGGAAAUGAACAUACGCCUCCGUGAGGUCCCCCCCGAGCGAGAAGAGUUCUACCUCCACCGCCUGCCCCGGAAUCUGGAGGCACAGUCUAUGAAGAACUUUGCGACAAUGUGCCAGGAGUGCUGUGUAGGACCUGACUCCCCUGUUCAAGUUGUAAAGGCCCCUGUGUGGAAGGAGAUGGCGGCGGAAGAGAAGGCCGGAUUGACUCCAGUGAUACCCUUGGCAACGGAUGUGGUGUAUAGGCCCUUUGAAGAAUGGCUGAGAGAGCAAAAAGAAGCCAAGCUGAGAAUGGCAGCCUCAAUGUCUUCGCAGUCAGAGGAUCCGAGAGCAACCACCGGAUUCUUGCGACAGCCGCCACAAAGUUUCGCUGCCCAGCAAAGAGCCCAAAAUAGACCGGCAGCGAUGCCAGCUCCAUCUCGACCAAUUCGGUCUGCUUCCGAAGCUGUGCUGUCGACCUCCCAGAGGGACCGAGCACGUUCUCGCAAAGAACUUCCGACUGAGCAGCCUCGAGGGGAGGUUCAAACACUCAGCAUCAGGAGUGCACGCGAAACGGCCCGUCCUGCUCUGCCCAUCAGCAAAUCUGAGCCAAAGCUGCCUGUUAGCGAGAGGGUAGCUGCUCUGUCCUCAGCAACGCCUACCGAGCACAGGAGGCAAAAGUCAGAGUCAAUUCGACCAGCUACCUUGUUCAGCCCAACCGAGCGACCGGAGGUCAUUUCUGGAACACAACCGGACAUGAUUCUUGAAAGAUUAAGGAGGCUUCAGAUAGAGCUGGAGCGAGCUUUGAAUUCCCGAACAAUGGCCAUUAUAUCUUCCAAGACGGUUACACCACCCCACCCUCACAUUGUGGUGAAGUGGGUAGACUACACAAACAAGUUUGGGUUGGGAUAUAUUCUCAAUGAUGGAAGCGUAGGCUGCAUCCUGCGAGAUAUCCCCACAACUGAAGGAAACAAGACUGCCAUGCUGCCGCCAGCUGGUGUGUUCAUCCGAGGAGCCGAGCGCCACAUUUUACGCCGACAAGACGACUCGUACGCUGAUCGAAAUCAACCUGUACCGAUGACUGAGUCGAUCAAGUUCUUUGAAAAUAACGGCGAGGCUGGUCUUGGCGAAGUCCGAAUCUCACCUGAACAGUUCCGCGUUUCGGUGAACGAGGAUGGAACGGCCGGUAAGAUGAAUCCCGGCAAGGACAUCUACCAGCACCGAAAGAGGGAGCGAAUUAUUCUCUGGAAGAAAUUUGCAAACUACAUGAUUGCCUACGGAAGGGACGAAGCUGUCCCAACUGAGGAGACUGAAGCCUCAGCCGCCAUGUCUCCAGGGCAAAAAGGUACCAUGGCGGAGCUGGUGACGUUCUAUCAGAGAUUCGGAGAUGUCGGUUGCUGGGUGUACUGCGAUGGCCAUCUUCAGUUCAAUUUCCCUGACCAUACCAAGAUUGUAUUGGAUGCUACUGGCACCUGGUGCCAUUUCUGGCAUCUUCCCCAGGAGGCGGCAGAGAGUCUCGCUUCGACAGGAACGAUAGGCGCUACAGCCCUAGACGAUCGGGCUAUGCUGUCGUACCCUUUGCAGACAUUGCUCAACUUCCAGGCCAAGCCAUCGGCAACGAGGUCGACACGAACAGCAACCACUCGACGAAGACCGGAAAUUGAUCCUGAGCUGCAAGGCAUCCCGACUGCAAACGACUUCCGCCGGAAGAUUGAGUUUAUCAAGAACGUCGUCAAGGAGUGGGUGGCCAACGGCGGUCUCGGCAACAGCUCGAUGGAUCGCGAAAACCGCCUCCGCUGGACUGGCUAUCGCGAAAUUGUCCACGCGACCAGCCCCCAGAAGCAUGUCUGGGUGACUGUUGGCUCGCGAUGGGGCGACCAGCGACUGUCGACUUAUGUUGACCCCAAGAAGCCAUGGGAGCUCGGGGAGGAGGUCGAGUCCACCUCCAGGAGGUAA